UAUAAACGGCAUCGUUUUUGUGGCUAAUACGCUUCAUAUAGCCGUCUCGAAAGGUCUUCCUCGUUGCUUAGAGUCGAAAAUGGGAAAGCAGCCGGUGAAAUUGAAGGCGGUGGUAUACGCGUUGUCGCCGUUUCAGCAGAAGAUCAUGACCGGUCUAUGGAAGGAUCUGCCGGAGAAGAUCCACCACAAGGUGUCUGAGAAUUGGAUCAGCACUAUUCUCCUCCUCGCUCCCGUCAUCGGAACCUACUCGUAUGCUCAACACUACAUGGAAAAGGAGAAGCUGGAGCACAGGUUCUAAGCAUAGAGAUGGUCUGACUACACAAGAAUACCCAUUUCUUUCUUUAUUUUUCAGUUUCCAAAAGACAGUUUGUUGUUUUCGCAAACACUCGCGGAAAAGCGUUUUUUGUUGAAUAAAUUUGUUUAUUUUGUAACAAUGCUCUGAAGAUUUGAUCUCCAGAAUGCAAUUGCCGAAGGGAAUUUUAGUUUUUUGAAUAAAGUUUCUGAAAGACAUGAUCUAAAUCUCAUUUUA